GCCGCCGCCGAGUUCUAUUCUCUGAAGCCGGCGACUGCCUCGCCGCCCCGCCGCCCGCCCGCCCGCCUCCUUCCCUCUUUCCCUCCCUCCCUCCCUCCCGUUCGCCUCCCGCUCCUCUCCCAGCGCCGACCAGCGCGAGCCAGACCAGGGCAAGCGGGGGCUCGUCCGAGACCCUAGAGGAUCGCGAGCGGGCGCGCGCCGCGGCGGAGCGCCCCCCUUCCCGGAGGUCCCCGCGCGGCUCCCUGGUGAAUCUACUCCUUGGCUGACUUUGGAAUUCUUCUGUACUUAAAUUUUUUUCUUUAAAAAAACACUUGGACGGAUAAAAGAUGUGCCAUGGCAGGAUAGCACCAAAGAGCAGCUCAGCAUUUGCCGUGGCCUCUGUGGGACAUGGAGUGUUCCUUCCACUGCUAAUCCUUAGUACCCUGCUUGGAGACGGACUUGCCUCUGUGUGUCCCUUGCCUCCAGAGCCAGAGAAUGGUGGCUACAUCUGUCACCCUCAACCCUGCAGAGACCCCUUGACAGCGGGCAGUGUCAUUGAGUACCUGUGUGCAGAAGGCUACAUGUUAAAGGGCGACUACAAAUACUUGACCUGUAAGGAUGGCGAGUGGAAGCCAGCCAUGGAGAUUAGCUGCCACCUCAAUGAGGACAAAGAAACCCACACAUCACUUGGAGUCCCUGCACUGUCAAUAGUGGCUUCCACUGCCAGCUCUGUGGCACUCAUUCUCCUCCUCGUGGUGCUGUUUGUGCUGCUGCAGCCAAAGCUGAAGUCUUUCCAUCAUAGCAGGCGUGACCAGGGGGUAUCUGGGGACCAGGUCUCCAUCAUGGUAGAUGGCGUUCAAGUUGCAUUACCUUCAUAUGAAGAGGCUGUGUAUGGCAGUUCUGGUCACUGUAUGCCACCUGCUGACCCCAGAGUGCAGAUCGUGCUGUCAGAAGGAUCUGGGCCCAGUGGGAGGAGCCUGCCGAGAGACCAGCAGCUGCAAGUCCAAGGGGCCUGCUCCUCUGCCAGUAUGGAGGAUGAGACUCCUGGCCAGUCAGGACUGUGUGAAGCCUGGGGCUCCCGGGGCUCAGAAGCUGUGAUGGUGCAUCAGGCAACCACCUCUUCCUGGGUGGCCGGAUCAGGGAGCAGCCGACUCGCACACAAAGACACUGCAGACUCAGAGAACAGUGACAUACAAAGCCUUUUAUCCCUCACAUCGGAGGAGUACACAGACGAUAUUCCACUGUUGAAGGAAGCAUGAGGGCUACUGCUGGCCUCUCUCCUGUCUGCGAGGAUCCUCUCUGCCCUUCUUCCUUCUCCCUGUGGGUUGGAGCACCUUCUCCACUCCAGUCACCCCACCAGGAUACCUAAGCUGCCAUCUGUAUCUGUCUGAGGGCCUGCAGGCCACCUUGCUGGAAACUCAAGGAAGAUUCUUGCUAUCUGCCUGCUAGACAGCUAGAGAAGCUGGCUGUUUGCCUGGCCCAGCCUUCCCAUCUGUUGGGGACAUAUUUGAAUGUGCUGGAUCGAACCUUCCCUUCCCCUGAGCCUCUGGGUCCCUUCCAGCUAGCACUCUCUGGCAGCAGCCCCCAUAGCUAUGUGGGCCUGAGUGCUGCUGUGUUUACUUGUGCCUUUCCCCACCCUGUUCAGUUUCCCUAUCAUGCAGGUGUGUUGCUGUCUACAGGCCUUAGUGGCUCCUGGCCACCUGCAUACAGGUUGGACCUGGGGCUGGCAUUGCUGCCCCUUGCAGAAGCAGAUCCAAGAAUGAGAGGUCUUAAAUGGUUCUCUUUAGGUUCAGGAGUAUGACUCCCUGGGCUUUUCCUGUACUGACUCCAGUCAGCAUAUUUCUUUUGACUAAGGAUAGUGGAUUUGAAAAAUUAUGCCAAAGCCAUCCCAGCACCCAGAUGUCCAGCUCAGGUGCGGGCUCCUGGCCUGAUUUGUGUUGAGAAUUUCCAAGAAGCAUCCAGAAGAUCUCAAGGGAGAGAAAGAUGUCUGAUAUCUGUCUUCCUAAUAUGCAAGUCCUCACUUCCUGCUUCUAGUAUUGACUGCCUUGGCUUGUUUGGUUUUUUUGUUUUUUUUUUUUGUUCCCUGGAUGAAGGGAAGUUGCUUGAGGCCCCCUGGGCUUCAUCCUAGACAGCUCUGGUUUCUUUGCUGCCUACAGUGCCCUGAGAUUUGCUAAAAUACCAUCAAAUGCUCAUCUGGGCUUUGGCAGUCCAGGCAGGCUGUUUCUGGGUUUGUGGUGAUGGAGGGGAGGCUGAGAGGCACAGACUAAGUCCCCUGGUGGCUGCAGGCAGCUCCAGCCCGGUCCUGAGGAUCCUCCUCACCACGGUCAUGUGCCUUAGUAACUGUGCCCAGGAAGUAGCCCACUGCAUCGCUGCUUUUCCUGCUUCUGCCCUUCCCUAUGCCUCUUUGCAUGUUGUUGCUGACAGGCCACUCCUUGUCUUCCCUGAACCCUGAGGGAUGGGCUGAGAAACAGUCUCCCAGCCCCCUAGCCUUUCUAGUUGAGAUAAGCUGAUGGUGCCUAGCAUCCGGUUCCCAAAGCCCCUUUAGGAUGAAGCUUGGAGUAUAGGCCCUGAGAGGGGGAGCUGUGGUGAUAAGGAAAUGCUCCAGUCACUGUGAUGGGCCUCUUCGGCUUCACAUUGAAUGCUAAACUGGUUAGACAGCUGAGCUUCGCCAGGCUGCUCCCAUCUCCAGAAGAUAGAUGUGGCAUUAAGGAAUGUUUGCUUUUGCUUUUUUUGUCCCUGAGCUCGGCGGGGCUGGGAAACUUAGAAGCUGACCCUGUUCUGCACCUCUGCUCCUCCUGAAAGCCUCUCUAGGACAGUAAAAAUAAAAGGCCCACUGUAUUUUCAGUACCUGACUUAACAGAGUUAGCUCCAGGUAUAAGUGGCCUCAAAGAUAGGAGAAUGGUUUCCUCCCAGCCAACCACUCUCUACCCUCACAACGCACUUUACUCUCUGGUCAUCCUGGCCUCCUGCUUCCCUUGUCUUCUUUCCUCUCAGGGUAAGGGCUGUGCCUGCUGUGCCUGCUGGCCACUCCCACAUGUCCCCAUCCAGGAAUCCUGUCUCCUGUGCCCAAAGUCCAAGCAUGGUUGGCUAGGAAAAGGGCUAGAAAAGGUGCCGAACUCAAGCCUGGAGAGAUGUGAGACUCAACUUCUUAGUGGGAGCUGGCAUAGGCCCAUCUGGGAGAGUUCAAGGACCCAGCUGUCUUACCACACAUGGCUCUCUUUCACCUUCAUAGCACCCUUCCUCUUUCUCCUAGAAGGAAGCAGGGAGAAGUGGGGAGCUGAGCCUUCCAUGUACAUUCUCCUAUCUUCCAAAACCUGGUUUCUAUUCUAGAACAGUUUUAAAAUGGAAAAUCCUACUACCCUUUUCGAUCUCUAACCUGGGUGUUUCCCCCUAAGAGAUUGCACUUUGUUUCAGGUUUAUUCAGCCACAUAGGCUUGGCCUUUGAUUACAUGAACCUCCUUCCUUUCCCUGGUGCCUCCUUCCAUCUCACCAUCUAUUAAACUGCUCUGGGGAUUACAAACCCUGGUUUGUAUAUCUGCUAGGGAGUAAGAAGUUGGUACAAAUGAACUCCACUACCUUCUCUUUUACUGGUUUUGAGGAGGCUCACUGGCUAGUGUGGGCACCACAGCUCACAAGAUUACAGUUGUUUCCUCCCUUCCCACCCCACCCCCACCAUUGCCCCAAACAGUUGUUGUUGUUGUCGUUGUUGUUUGUUUUGUUUUUUUUUGUUUGUUUGUUUAAUCACCAUCCAUGUGCUGCUGCUUCUGGGGCUUUGGGGCUUCAUACCUGGCAGAGUGCUGGGGACUCCACAAAUGCCUUGGGAUGGGACUUGGCUAGAGAGGCAGGACAAGUAGCAAGUUGCAGUCUGUUGGGAAGGAACCUGGAGCAAGAGCAAAGAAACUAGCCACAGCCCAGCUUUUCUGGGCUCACCUCUAGGAGAAUCCCACACAAGACUUGUCCAAGAGAUGGUCAGCACCAAAGGACUUUUCUAAAGGUUGUUUUGAGUGGGUUUUGUUUUGGUUUUUUGUUUUGGCACAGGUUUUGUUUUUGCAGGUUUUAUAUCUUGGUGACUUAAAGUCACACUCUUAAUCAACUUUCAAGGGCCAGAAUAUGGUGAAAAUCACUUAAAAUUUCCGUCCCUCCCAUGCCUUAGUUUAUUAGCAAGUAGUCAUUUGUAUGUUGUGUUCCUGUUUCACUGGAUAUAAACUGUGAAAUGGGCUGAAUCCUGGCCACUUUGUUUUGUUUUAUAAGGCAUUUCAGUGUACACUCUACAAGCACUCCAUUUGAAAGAAAAAAAAUACACCGUAAUACUAUCUUCCUCAUUCACCUUGCCCUCCUACGCCCACCCUCAGCUUUAAAUUUCUGUGGAGAAGCCAGAUGGCAAGACAGACAAAGGUAUACUUUUCCUGCUUUAUGAAUGGGGACUAGGGAUAGAUUGGCGCUUGGCCUUUUUCCUCUUAAUCCCAUUGGAGCUCAAACACUGGCUUCCUGCCUAACAAUGUCACCUCCGUUUCUGGGAACAUCCUUGCAUAGAGAAUGGAAUUUAGGGCAGACAUUUUGAGGUUCCAUCCCCCCAUUUCCUCUUCUUAAAGAGCAAAGAGGGGCAACAAGGAAGUGGCAUACAGUUGUUGAGGCUUAUUUCCAGAUGUGUUUGCCAAGGGCAGCAAGGCCAGGGUUUCUCUCCUGGGGCCUGCCAAGUCUCCUGCAGAGCUUGGAGAAUAUUUUUCUUGUCAGAUAUUUGGGUUGAGUGCUCUGAUUUCUGACUCCUUGGAAGGAGAAAGGUGGUAAGCUCGGCUUUAUUAGCUUUACUUAAUUUCCAGUUCAAAGCAGUAGAAUUUUGAACAAAGCCCCCAAUGGUGAGCCCUCUACCAAGCUGCAGAGCUAGCCAGAAAGGAUGCUAAGGCCAAGCUCUUGGGUUGCUGAGUAGGAAAGGGAGAGUGUCAUGGUUUGUGUGGUUGAACCCAUAUCUGCCCUGGCUUCCUUUGGUUGUUGCACCACUAUGGGAUUCUUUGCAGAAUGGUACUCGUAUCAUGGAUUAAAACAACACAUGCAGAAAUGACAGCGCAGGAUGUCACUCAAUCAGUUUGGGUUUGCUUUAUUUUAUUUUAUAUAUAUAUAUUUUUUGGUAUCCUGUACAUUGCAGUGGGUGUGAAGAUAGUAUUUUAAUAUUUGUACAAAGUUUAAUUUAAUUUUAAUUGUUCUAUGUAUAUAACUGCAUUUCUAAAUAAUAAUAAUAAAAAAAUUCUUAUGAAA